AGCUUCAAAGGUCUUGUGGGGUUUUCUGACAGUACAGCAUUGGAGAAGGUUCGCGGCAGCAAUAGUAACGGAAACAUGCGACGUGUGGCAUCGACGUCCCUCACGCGCUUGGCGGCUGCCCGCACUUUUGUGUUCGACGCGCGGUACGAUGGCCGUGCCUCCGGCGUGCACGACAUCGCGCCGCGCGACGAAGGCGACUUUCUCUACGCAGGCCCGCAGCAGCUCCUCUCCGGUGCCCACCCCCUCCCCCUCUUUCAUCCCGAGAACAGCCUCACCCGCCCGCAUGUAUCGCCCUACCUUCCCUCUCCGCAGCGGCCACAUCCGUACUUCACCAAGGAGCUGCCGGAGCUGCCGCACUUCCCGGCUACGCGGCCGAUCGUCUAUCCUGUCGGCACGAUGAAGCAGCGCAUCGUCGCGCCGGUCUUUGACCUGAACAACGUCGUCACCCACACGCGCGAGCUCGACCCCUUCAUCUUCGGUCUCUACCCCGAGACGGAGGAGAUGGCGAAGAACCUUAGCUACUGGCUCGUGCGGUGCCAAAACUUCUCCAGCAAGUGGGAUUACGAAACGCGUGAGAUUUGGCGCAAGGCCAAGAAGAAUUGGCCGAACACCGGCAUGGGCAUGGCCCGCGUGAGCGACCGCAAGAACCACGCGCACCCGUGGGGUGGCCACUCCAAUCCUGUGAAGCCGUGGAACAUGCUGAUGCCAACGAUGGACGUGAAGACGUGGAGCAAGAGCAACCGUAUGCUUGUUACCUUGAAGAUGCUGCAGGGCAGACUGCAAAUAGUGGAGCGCCUGACGCUGGAAGAGCCGACGCAGGAGGCGUACUUGGAGCUGUGCCGCACAAUGGGCUGGGAUGUCCGCCACACCGGUGGCGGUGUUCUCUUUAUGGACGGCGGCUCCCGCCUCACUCCAAGCAGCGAGUACGACCGCGCCUUCUUCUUCGGCAGCUUCUUCAACGGCCGCAACAAACUGGUGUGUCCCACGCUGUUAUGCGACGAGCCCUACGAUUACAAUAAGACGUCCUCCAAGGUGCGGACAAAGGGACCGAAGGGGCAGAAGAACCCCAUCCCGAUUAAUCGCUUCAACGCCUACGACGCACUGACCCAUGACGUCCUCGUCAUCACAGAAGGCGCCCUAAUGCAGCUGGAAGAUGAGAUGUUCACCCACAAGCUCAUGAUACUUCCGCCGCACAUUCGCGCGCAGCUGCCGGAGCGCGGCUACUUGGAAAGCGAGGUACUGGGCGAUGUUCCACCGGCGCUGCAGACGGUGCAGAUGGAGGCCGCGGCGCGCACCGAGGAGAGCGAGCAGGCGAUGUACGCACCGCACUACGACAACCCAUACAACCCGUGGAGGGACGAGGCAGAGGCGUCGUAUGCGGUGGACGCGGUCGAGGGCACUACGCAGCGGUACGUCAAAUCCGCGAAGACGUCGUGGGCGAUGCUGUCGUGA